AUGAAGAAUGAAGAGGAAGAAGAAGGUGCCGGCACUCUGCGGGUGAGUGCCCUGCCCACAGGCCUGGAGAGGGGCCGUGUGCCUGGUGGACGCCGCCUGCUAGGGCACCCUUGUCCGAGGAAGCUGCUGCCUGCACCCUCGGCCAGGCCCACAGACACACCACAGCGGGGAAGGAGCAGAGAUGAGACCAGACUCAGCCCUCCAGUGAGCCCAGGAGACCACCAAGGGGACACCCACGCACCUCAUGGAUUGGGGGAGGAGGCAUGGAGGCUGUGGGUGAGUGAAGCAACCCACCCCCAGUGUAUGCUCAGGCCCAAGGUUACGUCAGGUCAGGGGCUGCCUCAAGAACAGGGAAGGAGACAGAGACGAGACCACUGAGCCGAGGAGACCAGUCAGGCCUUCAAGAUGCUGCCUGGAUGCUGGGGAGACGAGAUGAGGCUGAGACGAGUCCUGUUUGAGAGA